UUCAUAAAUUCUGCGAAAUUCAUUAGGAAAAUUUUAUUACGAAACAUUACAAUUUAUAUCGUACUAUGAUCGCAAUUAUAAAUUAAAUCUACUGUAGUGUUACAUACCUAGUUCACAAGGAAUAUGAUCGUAUCAAUAUUCGUGUGGCAUAAUAGAAGAUGAUUUGUUCCUAAUCAAAUUUAAAUAAGUACAAUGGACUUCGUUGUGGGAGGCCUAGCUGGAGUGGGUGCUGGCUUCUUCAGCAACCCAUUUGAUGUAGUCAAGACCCGCAUGCAGCUUCAAGGCGAGCUACGGGCGAAAGGUCAGCAUGUCGUGCACUACAGGAAUAUACCCCAUGCAAUGUUCACCAUUGUGAAACAUGACGGGCUUGGGGCUUUGCAAAAAGGCCUUGUCCCAGCUUUGUGGUUUCAAUUAGUGGUUAAUGGUGUUAGGUUAGGCAUAUACCAGCAAGCGGACAACUGUGGAUUACUACGAGACAAAAAUGGGAACACUAUAUUUGUAAAUAGUUUAUUCUUUGGUUCUAUAUCUGGGAUGUCUGGGGCUUUAUUUGGUAGUCCCCUACAGUUGGUGAAGACCCAACUCAUGUCAUAUUCUGCGGAGAAAAUCGCAGUGGGCACCCAGCAUGCCCAUAGUGGGUUCAUAUACGCAUUGAUGAAGAUAUAUAGAAAAAAUGGAAUUGGUGGUCUGUGGAGAGGUGCUCAUGGAAUGAUGUUAAGGAAUUCCAUUGGAUCUGCGUCACAAAUAGCGUCAUAUGCAAUAUGUAAAGAGUGGAUGGACGAUCGCGACAUGUUCCAACAAUCGCGAUACCUGUCCGCAUUCGUCGCGAGCAACAUCGGCGCUAUUGUCAAGACUGUCACCCUCACGCCGAUGGACGUCAUCAUGACUCGGCUUUAUAACCAGGCUGUGGACGCGGAAGGCCGAGGCCUCCUGUACUCGGGGAUAGUUGACUGCGCGCGCAAAAUAACAAAGACGGAAGGGCUACUGGCGUUCUAUAAGGGCAUGGGCCCGUCCUACCUGCGGCAGGCGCCGCACACGGUGCUCCUGCUCGUCUUCUGGGACAUGCUCAAGGAUGUGCAGAAGGGCUUUGAGAAACGCGAACUGGUUCAUUAGUAAAAAUUAAAAAUAUAUUUGUUAUUCUCCAUGCAAUUUCACAGAUGUUAUCACUAUAAAGUCGCUACCCGCUGUCUGUCCGUAUGUAUGCCUCGAUCGAAACUACGCAACGGAUUUUGAUGCGGAUUUUUAAUAGAUAAUUCAUGAGAAUAAUAAUUUAUUAUGGUUUUACUCGAGCGAACCCGAGAUGAGUCGCUAGUUCAUUGAUAAUUCAUAAAAAGUGUAUUAUGUUAGGGAACUGAAGACGUAUGUGGGCAGGGCCUAUAAUACAGUUCUCCAGGAGGUUCCCAUACAAGUUGGCAAAUAUAAAUAAGGACAAUAAGAAGACCCGAGUACCUAAUGAAACUAACGUACAAAUAAAAACUUGUUUUUUUUCUUAUCACUCGAUCUAGCAGAAUCAAACACAAACAAUUGUUUGAUCGGCGCAUUUGCACCGGUUCGUAAGGCAAGACGCUGAAACGUAGGAGUUUCAUUGUAGGCUGUCUCGUGUUCCGGGACUUCGAAACCAGUCUCAAGUCAAUUGUGACUCAAUGGUAUUCCAGUUGAUGGCAGACACGAUUAUGACGUAACGUUAUCAAAAAUUGAUACCUAGUAACGAUGACAAUAAUAUUAUUAGUAUAGAGAUUAUAAAUUGAGAAACGAUCAUCGAAAUGCUAUGUUUUGUUUGAUAAAUAAGAAAAAUUAUUGCUUUUUGUACCAAAUAUGUUAGAAACUGAUGCUUUCUACAAAAUAAGAUGGUAGAAUAUUUUUGCGAUUGGUCUGUUUCGCAACUCAAACUACUUAGCAUAAUUGUUUAGCGAAUUUACUUUUUAGUUGGUAUAACUUACCAAAAGGAUUUUGUUUUCGUGUAUGUCUUGGACAAUAUAUAUUAUAAAAUAUUUUCAUUAAUUAAUAUUAACAUAAUGGUGCUUAAAAAUCAUAGAUUUAUUAUAAAAAAAAAAAGAGUAAAACGUGAGUGAUAAUACAAGUGUUAAUUUCUAAAUUGACAUCAACGGGUCUAAAAGAAUUUUAAAAAAUAUUGCAAACAAAAUUAAACCAAACACUUUAUAUAAGGGGUAUAUUUAUUUGUGACUUUGCUUAUUAUCAUAGUUGUCGAGUACAUAUUUGAUAUAGUAUACUAAUUGAUGUGACCUUACAGAACGAUACGUUCCUAAUCAAUCUCCCAUACUACAGUAUUAAGUAGCACAAUUAACGCAUUUUAUAAGUUAGAUUGUAACGAUUCGAUUUAUCAAAUUUUAUUUAUUUUUAAUAACAAUUAAAAUGUUGUGUUCCUAGUAGAAUAAUAGUUAAAAUGUUGCAGUUUGUUUUUUUUUUUGUUGUUUUUUCUCGCAUAGGUAGAUACUAAACGUAAAUUUAAAGACAGCAGUUUUUUCUAUUGUUAAUUAUUUUUUUUUAUUUAUUUCACAAUAUACAGACAUUAAUCGUUAUACCAAAGCUGUAUUCCUAUAUUUGUGGUCACUCAAACAAUUUAGGUCUAAUAGUGAAAAAUUGAGAAAUCCGGAAUAGUUGUUUCAUCACAUCAAACAAAUCGCCAAAACUUAAUAUCUCAAAUACCUACUUAUUUCGUCUGAGUUUUAUUUUCUAUGUUACUUCAGAUUUUUUUUGUAACGAAUAGCCUCAAAAACCAUUCUAUUUCUUUGCCAAAUUUCAUCAAAAUCUGACCAACAAAAAAAUAAUACAAAUAUUUUCUGGCUUAUCAGAUAUCAAACAUAUAAUCAUAUAUAUUUUUCAUGAAGAAUUGACAAAAAAAACUACUAUAAACACUCAACGGUUUUUUGUUCAUAAUAAAUCAAAUGGACUAUUUUCACUUUGUAGACAACAAUUAUUUGUAUUGUUCUUCAGUAUACAUAGUAAAUAGAUGGGCAUUUAAUUUUGUAUUUUUCAUAGGUUAAUCUCUGUACUUGCUUUUAAAAUGUGUACUCAUUUUUACCAAAUAAUUUUAACUCAUAACAAAAUAGAUGAAAGAAUACCUAUUUAACAAUAUCACAAUUUAUUUAUUUAGCGUUCUAGAACAUUUUUUUUUCCUUGAAUUACAAACCGAUGACGUAAAGUAUUUUUUUCGACGUCUGAUAAUAAGAUCAUAAUGUUUUUUUAUUGUUUAAUAUUUAAUAAAUAUUAAAACAAUAAAUAUUAUAUAUGCAGGGUGACAAAUCUUAACGUUUUAUUUCGAAGGACCCACCAAGCUGCACACUAGCGCCACCAGAGUUAACUUUAUCACAUUUAUGCAAAGUCAACUGUGUGAUGGAAAACGUCAAUACUUUUAAAAUAAAAUCUUUUAUAUAGUACGGCAUAAAUUGUAAUAUCUAUGACGAUAAGAACUUCUGUUCGUUUUAUAUUUUUAGAUAAGAAAUGAAUUAACAAAAAAUGUGGUGAUAGCUUUAGUGUGCGUGUAUGUAACCUUAAGGCCUGUGCACGCCGACGACUUUUCUGUAUGUGUGUGUAUAUAAUUGUGAUGCAUGGUUGUAAAAAUAUUCCAUCCGAUCGUGUCGCAUACGAAUUCGGUGUGCAGGGGCUUUUAAGCCGUUUUUGGAGCCUAGUCAGACUUAGUGCCAUAAUUAAGCACUUUCAAAAACGCGAUCAAAUUUUAUUUCUAACUACAACAUAUCUAUUUAAUUACUAUACUAUAUAAAUAAUAUAAUAAAAUAAUACUAUAUAAUAAAAUAAUACUAUACUAUAUAAAGUCAUUGCUUUGUUGUAUGUCCAGUGGUUAGAACGCUUGUGAUCAAAAAAUAAUGCGUCUACUAGAUGGCGACAUUCGUCGUGUCAUGUCAGAUGCCUUUAGGCAACUUGAAUAAAACCUGACAGUGAUAGCAAUAAGGAAGGAAGACCUUACUAUAAUUUUUUAUUUAUUUGUACAUAAUUUUUUUGCAAAAAAGUUUUAAAUUAAUAAAUAAGUACAUAUUUUUUUAUUCAUAAAAAAGUUAAAGCAUACUUUAAGCUUAAAUAUGUAUGCCAUUGACAGAUAGAGUAAAAACAUAUUAUAGUUAACAUUACAUAAAUCGUUGAAGUUUGUUUUAAAGAAACUUCAUUCAGGUUAACCAGUUUUUGUCAACUUGUAGAUAAUUUCCGUUUACCUGUUUACGUAUUAUAUAUAAGUAGUUUGAUAAUGUUAUAAUCAUGUACAUAUGUAUAUUAAAGUCUAUGUUUUAGUAUGAAAUUUAGUACAAAUCAAUUUUACCAAACCUCAUUCAUUUGUUAGUUAUUUUAAUUUAUAUGUUCGUUAAAUAAAUUAUGGUGUUGA